CCUUCACGAGCUCCCCCCCGGUGCCGCAUAUAUCUUUUCUUUGAGUUGUUUUGUUGUCUUUUGUUUCCGGUUGCUUCCUAUGAUUAAUCCCCCCCCUCCAACCCACCUUAUCUGAUCCCCGACAAAAGAAAGCUGCAGCAUAGGACUACGACCGCCUUCACCACCAAUUCCUUGCAGCGCUCUUGUCUGCAAGAUUUCCGCGCGAGGGGAUGAAGUACGGGCAGACGUUCCAAGCGCAAUCGGUACCGCAAUGGGCGCCAUACAAUGUCGAUUAUAACGAGCUGAAGACCUUGAUCAAGAUCCACACCACCAAGGACCAGGCACAAGCCAUCGCCAUCCCCGGCCAGGAGGGCACUGCACUGGCAAAGUUCGAGGAUCUGUUCUUCAAGGAAUUGUACAGCCAGCAUGACCGUGUCGAUCUCUUCGUCAAGAGCAAGGCCGAUGAGAUCGGCCGCCGGCUGCAAUUCUUUCAAAAAGCCAUCCUUCGAUUGUUAGCUCGAUGUACAUACAGCAAUGGCAAGCCAAUGUCCCGGAAAAGGCGGGAGAAGUUCGCGCGAUACGAUAAUCAGGUUACGAGAUGCGGCGAGGAGAUUAGGUCACUUCAACGGUUUGUCGAUGCUCAGCGUAUGGCAUUCCGUAAGAUACUGAAGAAGUACAAGAAAUGGACGGGGUCACGAACUCUCGGCGAUCGAUUCGAACAGGAGGUCCUAAACAAUCCGAAGAGCUUUACUCGACGCGAUUUCGAACCCUUAUUACGGGAAUACAACAACAUCCUAGCGCAUCUCCGUGCAUCCACACCCGAUGCAAGUGAGCCUACAUCACCGAUUCCAAGAUCAAGAUCAAGAUCAAGAUCACCUCGGCCGCGUGCCCAAAGACCGGCUCCGCAGCUAGAAAGGCAAUCAUAUUGGAACGAGUACGACGACGGGAGCGAGGCCGAGAACGAGCCAUACACAAUAUAUGUAAAUCCAGGCACCGAAUCGACCUUCUCCGGGCCCAGCAGGCUGGCCAGUCUCUUCUCGAGGGUCACCGCGCCCAUGGAGCAGGUCCGGGCGUGGCUGAACCCCUCGAGCUCCGGGGGCGAGCGGCGGCCACUGCUCGGGACCUCGAGCUCCUUCACCGAGCAGACAGAGACCGACGUGGACGACGCCUCGUCGAGCGAUUUCCCCAGCGGCUACGCUGCCCACUACGCUACCUUCCCCAGCAUCAACGACCAGAAGUUCUCUCGCAGCCGCGAGCGCCUCCUCUUCCACUCAACCAUCGCCUCCUUCGCCGCGGCGCUGGUGCUGGUCCUCGUCGCAGGCCUCCUCGUCGCCACGGGCCGGCAUAAGCUCCGCGUCGAGGUCGACGCCGGGGCCAUCGUCGGCGUUGUCUCGAGCCUGUUCUUCGCGACGCUUGGCUUUGGCACCAUGCUCUACCGCACUGAGCGUCUCAGCUGGCUUCACCGCAUCUGUGUCAUCUGCACGUUCGUAGGUCUGUGCGUCCUGAACGGCCUCCUACUCGUGAUCGUUGUUGGGAACACGGGGCUGUGAAACUCUAUUCAUUUUAUAGCCCUUGAGAGUCGAAUGAUCAUUUAUCAUGGUCCUGAGACAAGAGGUGUUGCUGUACAUACCAACUUUUCUUUUGUUUUUGAGGGCAGUUUGGUGUCGCCUUGCGUUUUGCUCGGGAGACUGCUAGCUCUUCGUUGAUAUCCUUCUUCCUUUCACAUAC